GGCGGAGUCAGUGCGGCCUCCUGAUAGCGGCGUGAGCGCGCCUCGCACAGUCACAGCUACACGGAGUACUGCUGCAGGAUGGAUCGAGGAUAUUCUUCAGGUUUCUCUGGCUGGGGAGGAUCAGGUGGAGGAGGAUCGUCCAGAGGCUCGGGAGGUUAUGACCUGUACGGAUAUAAAGACUCCAUGUCCAGCGGCGGGUUUGGAGGAGGUGGGUAUGGAUCCAGCGAUCGCAUGAAGAGAGGACUCUCUGGGGGAUCUCUGCUGUCCUCCAGCGGCUCCAACGCAGACGACGUCAUCGCCAAGAUCAACCAGCGUCUGGACAUGCUGACGCAGCUGGAGGGGGGCAUGAAGAGCGGCUCUCGUGGAGACAGGUUUGCUCAAUACGAGUCUUUCGACUCGCGCUCCACCUCCCUCGGCCCCCGAGAUCUCUACAGAUCUGGUAGCUUUGGUCUCAGCGACUCCCGCGGCGACAUGAUGGCCCAGCGCGGAAGCGUGGGCUUUGGGGGCAUGGGCGGAGCAGGAGGGGGUGGCGGCUUUGACGGCUCUGCCUUUGGAUCUGGCAAAAUGCGGCUGACUCGAGACUCCUCCUUCUCGGGCUCCGGCUGGGGGGCGGGGCAGAGAUCCCCUCGCAGGAACCGAUCGGCUGGGGGGCGUGGCUUCGGCCGCAGGCAGGACUCCUCCUCCGCUGGCAUGGGGGGAGGAAGUGGGCGGGGCGGAGGCCACCAAGGCCACUCCCCCGCGGGGCGAGGAAAGCUGCCCUCACUCCUGGGCAAUCGCAUGUACCCCGACAGUGGGGCCUUCCAGCCUCAGCGCGGGCCCCAGGACUUCCCUGCGCGGAACUUCGGAGGGGGCCCGAGGGCCAACCGGCAGCACGGCCGCAAGAGACCCCAGAACCGACAAGUGAAAGCUCAGCGUGAUGGACAGAAGAAGAGGAAACAGACUCUGAGUGCCUCUGACGAGCCCGAGUCCAAGAUGGGCAGAACUGAAACUGCAGGACAAGCGGCGGCCACCGAUGCUUCAGCAGGAGAACAGACGCAGGAGUCAGAGGAAGCCACCACCGCUGCUACUGACUCCAAAACAGAAGAUGGAGGAGAAGGUGCUGCGCCAUCCAAUCAGGACGAGAGUGCCAAGGGAAAGGGAAAGAAGACUCCGCCCUCCGCGGCCAAAGUCAGGAAGAGGAGAAGCUUCUAUGAAAGGAUGACGUUCGCCUGCUCCGUCUGUAAGUUCCGCUCCUUCUACAGCGAGGACAUGGCCACUCAUCUGGAGAGCAAGUUCCACAAGGACCACUUCAAGUUCCUGUCCAAUCAGCUGUCGAAGCCCACCACAGACUUCCUGCAGGAAUAUCUGAAUAAUAAGUACAAGAAGACGGAGCAGCGAUUGGGUCCGAUGGACAAACACAGCAGCGUCAUCUGUCAGGUGUUCAAAGAGCAGGAUCUGACGAGAGAUCUCGGCAUGGAGCACUUCAUGAAGAAGGUGGAGGCAGCUCACUGCUCGGCGUGUGACGUCUUCAUCCCCAUGCAGUUAACGCUGAUCCAGAAGCACCUCAAGUCACCUGACCACAACUACAACCGCAAGGGCAUGAUGGAGCAGUCCAAGAGGGCGAGUCUGUCCGUGGCACGCAGCAUCCUCAACCACAAGGUCAUCGGGAAGAAGCUGGAGAGCUACCUGAAGGGUGAAAACCCCUUCAAUGGUAACCAGGAUGACCAGGAUCUCGAGGACUCCAUGGUGAUGGAGGUUUCCGAGGCCGAUCUCACCAAUGAAAGCCUGAAUGAAAUCAAGCAGGAAGAGGAGGGGCCUCUGGUGGAGGGGGCGGAGCCUGUUGCUGAAGCUUUAGGAAAUGGGGAGAAGCAUGAAGAGGAGGUGAAGAUGGAGACUGGUGGAGCAGCAGAGGAGGGUUUUGAGGGUCUGGAGGGUGCGGAGGAGGGUGUUGAGGGUGUGGAGGAGGGCGAAGAGGGCGAGGAGGAGGCGGCUGAGCAUGGCAUUGAUCCAGAUGCAGGAGCGGAGGGGGAUGCUGAUGCUGUAGCAGCAGAAUAAUCGUUAAUGAAACCGCUGAUUGGUGUCUAUUUGAAGAUUCACUUCUACAUCCUAAACCUUUGAACUUUAUAUGAAAGCUGUCCCUGGAUCAGGGCAGAAAUGCAGCCCGAGGACCAAUCAGAAUAAAGCCUGCCUUGUGUUCGUCCAAUCACAGGAUUGCUCCGCCCCUCUACGCCUGUGUGUUUGCUCUGUUUAGAUACAUGCAUCAUAUGACUGUUGAGGUGCCUCUUGAAAUGAUUUCAGUUCGUCACGUCUUUACACGCUGAAGUAAAACAUUUAAUUUUCUUCUGAUUUUUUUUUUGUUUUUAGUUUCAUGGAUGUUGCCCUGUAGGGCAGAGAUGAAAUGAUUUAAUUUAGCAGUUUCCACUCGUUGUUUUUCUCUUUUGUUGAGGAAAUAAAUGUUUGUAAAGUCA